AAAAUAUAAUAACAAUCCCCCACUCUUCUUUUAAUAAUGCAACACAUUGAUUCUGAAAAAUUAUAUGCUGACGGUCAAUAUCGUUUUGAAUAUGUCUCCAAGUUCAUGGAUUUCGGUGCUGAUGAUAUCAAGGCAAUCGGUUCCGUAGCUGAUGCUAUCCGUCCUUUGGCUCCUGUUGUUGUGGAUGCUGUAUAUGCUAAGCUCUUCCAAUUCGAUGUCACCAAGAAGCAUUUCGUCCCCAAGAAUGACGGAUUUGAAGGUCAAGCUCCUACUUCUCUUGAAGAUUUGACUUUAGACCAUCCUCAAAUCAAAUUCCGUAAGGAUUUCCUUGGUAAAUAUUUGAACAAGAUCCUCUCUGGCCCCUAUGAUGAUCGUUUCCUUCGUUAUCUCGACUGGGUAGCCAAGAUCCAUACUGACACUCCUGAAAAGAAAUCCAAGAUCAACGUUGAUUAUAUUCAUAUCAAUGCUCUCAUGGGUUUCGUCGAAUCCGUUCUUGUUGAUGCCGUUGUAGGUUUAGGUUUGGAAAAGAAGGAGGAAAGUGCUGCAUUAUGUGCUUUUAACAAGUUGAUGUGGAUCCAAAACGAUUAUUUCGCCAAGUAUUAUUGUAAUCCUUCUACUAUUCAUGAUGCAAACAUCAGUGCAAAAAACAACGAAUCUUGUCUUGCACGCUUAGCAUCCCCUGCAUCUAUUCUCCCUCUUGCUAUUGGUAUUCUUGCUGGUGCAUUCGGUACUUACUACAAGUUACGUCGCGAGUAAUCGUAGCUUUAUCUGUCUAUACUAUUUAUUCUCUCUUUUUUUAACAUAAUAAAAUCAUUAAUCAUUGAUUUGUCAUAAUGU